UGUGAACCAGGCUGGUUCUGCCCUUAAUGGUGCGUUUCCCUGAUGCUACAUAGAUGGAAUUUUGUAGUGGUGAAUGGUGAAGAAGCUCACGCCGUCCAAGCUGCUCCUCCCAUGGCCUCCAGACGACUGAGGGCAUUCAAGAGGUGGAUGAAAUCCCAAGGAAUCGAAUUCAGCGAUGCAAUUGAGUUUACAGACUGCCCAGAACAAGGGAUUUCAGUGCGAGCCUUGUGUGAUUUAAAGGGAGGUGAUGUGGUCGCCCAAAUACCAAAGACUGCUUGCCUCACUAUCAAGACCAGUGCGGCUCGCGAAAUGAUUGAGGCCGCUGGUUUGGAUGGUUCUUUAGGUCUGUCUGUGGCUUUGAUGUACGAAAAGAGCUUGGGUCAGGACUCUCCUUGGGCUGGUUACCUUCAGCUUUUGCCAAGUCAAGAGUGCUUGCCUUUGGUUUGGACUCUGGAGGAGGUGGAUUCUUUACUCUGUGGGACUGAGCUACAUGAGACAGUUAAGGAAGAUCAAGCUCUUCUUUAUGAGGAUUGGAAAGAAAAUAUUCUUCCCAUAGUGUAUUCGGCACCUCUAAAGCUUUCUCCAAGCUUGUUUAGUGUUGAAGAAUACUUUGCUGCAAAAAGUCUUAUUACUUCUCGGUCUUUCGAGAUAGAUGAAUACCAUGGAUCUGGGAUGGUUCCUUUGGCAGAUCUCUUUAAUCACAAGACUGGAGCAGAAGAUGUACACUUCACCUCUCAUCAAGAGUCUGAUGAUGAUGCUGACAGUGACAACACUGAUAACAGCAAAUUAAGUAAAAUUUCUGGCGAAAAUAAGAAAGCAUUAGGUGCAGCUUCCACUGGUGAAAAUUUGUUCUUUCACGGUGAUUCAGAGAGCUUGUCAGUUUUUGGAGAUGAUCCUGUGAUGCUGGAAAUGAUUAUGGUGAGAGAUGUCAUAUCAGGUGUUGAGGUUUUUAACACUUAUGGGUCACUCGGCAAUGCUGCUUUGCUUCACAGAUAUGGAUUUACAGAGCCUAAUAAUCCAUUUGAUAUAGUGAACAUCGAUUUGGAAUUGGUUCUCAAGUGGGGUUGUUCUUUGUUUUCUAAUCGGUACUGCAGAGCCAGGUUGUCCCUUUGGAGAAGAUUAGAUUACUCUGGAUGUGUAAGUGAGAACUCCGAAUAUUUUGAGAUCACAUUUGAUGGGGAACCCCAAACGGAGCUACUGACUUUAUUAUACAUAAUGUUAUUGCCAGAGGAUGCAUGCCAUAAGUUGGAUAUUAGCAUCUGCAUGGCAGAUAAGGUUAAUGGAUGCGUAGGCAUAAUCUUAUCAGAAAAGCACGACAUUACAUGGGACAGAAGUUCAGAAAUAAGCAAGGAUCUGUUGCUGACAGAAAAGGUUUGCAGUGCCCUCUUGGCGCUUGCCGACAUUCGUGAGAGUUGUUAUGGUUCAAAGUCGAUAAAUGACGAUGUAGAAGCUCUAAAGAGAUGUUGCAUGAAAGAAAGAAAACUGUAUCAUUCUUUGGUGCUGCGUAUAAGCGAGAGGACAAUCCUUGAGAAGCUUAGGACUUAUGCUACCGUAGGAGCUCAAACAUUCCAAACAGCAAAGAAAAAGCGAAUGAAGAGACAUUGAGGUGAGAAAAUUCAUCUAGUAAUGUUAUUUAUGGAAAUUUCAUCCGUACCUUUUGCUUGUUUUUGCCUAAGCCAUCAUUCUUAGAUGAAAGUAAUUGUGCAACUUUAUCCUUGCAUUCGUUCUGAGAUGAGCACAUCACGGUUUUUGUUCUUC